GUGGACCACGCCCCGGCCCCGGCGAGCGGUGCACCAGGCGAGGUUAGCUCACGACGGCUACAUCCGGGCGCUCUGCUCGAGAUACAACAAGCCCCUGCGAAGAUGGCGACUUCAGGGAGGAGUGCAUUAUUAUCCUCCACCUCAACUGGAUCUAAGAACACACUGGAUAACUCCAACCCGGAGGACGAUGACGGACAGGACUUAUGGUCCACCAUCCUGAGUGAAGUAUCAACCCAUUCAAGAUCUAAGUUACCGUCGGGGAAAAAUGUCCUGGUCAUGGGUGAGGUGGGUUCGGGAAAGACCGCCUUGGUUGCAAAGCUGCAGGGGGUUGAAGAGUUCAUGAAAGGGCGUGGCCUGGAAUACCUCUACUUCAGUGUCCAUGACGACGACAUUGAUGACCAAACUAGGUGUAAUGCCUGGGUGUUAGAUGGAGACCUUUACCACAAAGGUCUGCAGGGAGUAGCUGUGCCAGUGGACUCGAUCGGCAACACGUUGCUGCUGAUAACGGUUGACAUGUCGCGGCCAUGGAAUGCCCUGGACUCUCUCCAGAAGUGGGCGGCCGUUGCUAGGGAACACAUCGACAAACUCCGGGUCGCCCCAGAAACACUGCGGGAGCUGGAGCACAGACUUGUAAAGCAGUUCCAGGAGUACACAGAGCCAGGCAGUGGAGAGGAUGGCACCCCACAGAGGAGGAGUGAUGAGGAGGAGAGUGUGCUGCUGCCGUUAGGAGACAACACACUCACACACAACCUUGGAAUUCCAGUGGUGGUGGUCUGCACUAAGUGUGACGCCAUCAGCACAUUGGAGAAGGAGCACGACUACAGAGACGAACACCUGGACCUCAUUCAGUCUCACAUCAGAUGUUUCUGUCUGCAGUACGGGGCAUCUCUGGUUUACACAUCAGUGAAGGAGAUGAAAAACCUGGACAUCCUGUACAAAUAUCUGGUCCACCGACUCUACGGCUUUGCCUUCAACUGCCCGACGCAAGUGGUGGAAAGAGAUGCCGUCUUUAUUCCAUCAGGUUGGGACAAUGAGAAGAAGAUUGCUAUACUUCAUGAGAACUUCCAGACAGUAAAAGCAGAUGACAGCUUUGAGGAAGUAAUAGUUAAACCGCCAGUCAGAAAGAUUGUACAUGAAAAGGAGAUUCAGGCAGAAGAUGACCAAGUGUUUUUGGUAAAACUCCAGUCGCUGCUCGCCAAACAGCCCGCUGUGACAGCAGGGCGACCAGUGGACACCACCAGUAGAGCACCCACCGGCUCACCCAGGACGAGUAAUCGCUCCGCAGCGGCCAACGUAGCAAACGCAAUGCCACAGUCGGGUCAGACAAGUGAAGGUGUGUUGGCCAACUUCUUCAACAGUCUACUGACAAAGAAAGCUGGUACAGGGGGGCCUGGGACGCCAGGUGGCGGUAACAACACUCCAGGAACAGUACGCAAGUCAGGUUCGAAGCUGGGCCUGAGCGAUGUACAGGCAGAGCUGGACCGCAUAUCCAGCAGGGAGACUGACUCAGACUUGCCCAAUGCCAACGACGCCCCUGCCACUGAUGGCCAGGACACAUGAAGACCAACACACUUCCCCCCUGCUCUCCUUGUCCCCACCCCACCCUUCUCCACCUCAGUCACCUUCCACCUCCGUUGUUCUUCCUCCCUCCACUCCAUUACAGAGAUGCGGGAGAAAGAGGGAUGUGGGCACACAACUUCUUCUCUCAUCGUCUUUCACUCACUUCUGUACAAUCCCCCUUCCCUUCCGCUCCUCCUGAGGGAGAGCAUUUGUCACUGUUACAUACAAGACUGUCUGUUACACAAGAGUAAAUGGGUAUGGGGGACUAGCUGGGCUGUGGGGGUCGCGAUGAGAGGAAGUGAAAGGUGGGUUGAAAAAGAUUGAUUCCAGGAAUGAAUGAGAGGAAGUUUAACCAUCCAUUUUUUUGUGAUGGUACAGUUGGUGUUUUUACUGUAGAAACUACUGAAGGGUGCAUGUUGAAGAAACUGCACUUUGGUUAACUAUAGGGAUGAUUGUGUGUUUAAUGUAUUUGGGGCAAGUCACACUUGGCUAGAGGAAGAGACUGAAAACAACAACAAAAAAUGCCUGAAACAAAAUUGCAAACAGUCAUGUUUUUUUAAGAUGAAGGGACAAACCUACCAGUAUUUGUGUGUGUGUGUGACUGUGCGUGUGUGUGACUGUGCGUGAAAGAGAGAGAGAGAGAGAGAGAGGGAGAUGGAGAAAAGGAAAGGAAGUUACUUCAACCGAGACCUGUAUGUCGAGAGAUUUCUGGCUUGUUUGCAUUUCAACCAAAAGGCAAAAACAUUACUAUGCUCUUACACUACAAGCUCUUGAAACGGUGCAUACACUAUUAUUAUUAUUAUUAUUAUUAUUACAGCAGCUCCAUCUGACAGACUACUCAAGCCAAACAUGACACAAAAAAAUAUAUACUACAGAUCACAGUCAAACGCAUUGUAGAGGGCACCCAGGUCCAUCAUGGCACCCAGUUCUACAAUUGGCCAAAUGUCCCCUCGUGGUAGAUACUGCUCAAACCUGUAGAUAACAGACAGUGCACAAAGGGAGGGUGGUAGAGGGUAGGUGGGUAGCUGAGCUUUACUUGUACAGAAAAGCACUAGUGAUUCAGAUCCAUAGUUACUGUGGGCGGGGUGGUGGCUGGGCAAGGGAGUCAGAACAACGGAGGGUCACACCAAGAAUGUACAGUCAUUGUCUCGCUGAUUGGUCCUGUUAUUUCAGAGCUCUGUGUUGGCGUUUGUAUAAUCAGAUCUGUUAAUCAGUCAAAUAAAAGGUGUAUUUAUUCGGAUUCAUCCA